AUGAGUUCAAAGGGCGAGAAGACAGAGCCGUUAUGGCAGGACCGGGACGUCCGUUUUGACGUCCCCUUAAAUGAGCUUAAGUUCAGAAAUGGUGAACGAAUUGUGGAGUACUUCACGAAAGUGGAGGACACGAAAGGCAACUCCGGAGAGGAGGGAAAGAUCACUAUAACUAAUCUGCGAAUGAUAUGGCAGUCAAAAGUUAAGCCGCGAAUCAAUCUGUCUGUCGGUUUGGGAUGUGUCUCCAGUCUGACGAACCGCACGAUUCACACAAAACUUCGUGGAAAACACGAGGCGUUAUAUAUCAUGACAAAAGUGAACGGAACUCGAUAUGAGUUCAUAUUCACACAAUUGGAGUCAGAAUUGGGCACUCAGUACGGGAUGGUUGAGCUGAUCAGCAAAAUAUGUCGGGCCUACUCGUCCACCAAACUCUUCCGAGACCUCAAACUCCGGUCGGCGGUCAUCACAUCCAACGGCAAACAGUUGAAAGUUCUCCAGUCGGAGAGUAUUUACAACAAGAUUAACGGCGUGUGGAACCUGUCGAGUGACCAGGGCAAUCUGGGCACUAUGCACCUGACCAAUGUGCGGGUCGUAUGGCACGCAAACAUGAAUGAACUCUUCAACAUCUCUCUGCCGUACAUUCAAAUCAAUACAAUCAAAGUGAGGGAAAGUAAGUUCGGCGUCGCUUUGGUCAUAGAGUCGACCGAAAGCAGCGGCGGUUAUGUCCUCGGCUUCCGUAUAGACCCGCCCGACAGACUCAACGCCGUCUACAGUGAACUCUGCAAUCUCUUUGCCAUUCACUCCACUCAACCCGACUUAGGGGUCGAGAGCUAUCUGGAGGGCGGCUCUGGACUGGCUUUCAACGAAAUCGAUGCCAACUCUGCAGUCGUAACGGUAGAGACCGAUCACAAGGAGAUCGAUGAACACCACAGCGCCCAUCAAAGCGAUGCCAUCGCCGCCUAUUUGGCCGACGAAUUGCAGACUAAGACCAAUGAUGUCGUCUAUUGUCCUCAAUUGGGUUUAGCCAUCGAGAAGAUCAAAGACGGAUUCACUUUGGAGUCCUUAUGGCAUGUCAUCCCUCAGGGCUAG